AUGGCAGAGAUCGGCCCGCGGAUGCCCUGGGGCGUGUGGGUUCGGGUCCACGCCAAGGCCAUCCUGCAGGCCCUGCCGCUGGCGCUUUUAAUCGUGGUGGAGGGCCGCGAUUUGUACUACCGCGCGACUUGGCAGGUGCGGCCGGUCCCCCCGUCCGACUUCCGCACCGGCGAUGUGGUUCUGCUGUGCAAUCGGUGGUACGCCCUGCCGUCGUGGGGCCAGCGGGUCUACAGCCUGAUCGCGAAGGGCCUGCUCAAGUCCGCCUGGGAGGAGGUGGGGUUUAUCAUCGUCCGCGAAAACCACGAGCCCCACCUCGUCUAUUGCGAUCCGGACGGCGUGCGGGAGGAGCCGCUGGGGGCCUUCCUGCGCUGCCGCCAGCCCCGCGGCGCCGCCCUGCGCGCGCUCCGCGUGGAGGACGGCCGGCCCCCCCCGAGCCUCGACAUCGCGGACAUUUUUAUGCAGGAGGUCCGGAAAAACCCGCCCCAGCCCUGGUACCUCUUCGCCGCCAGCAUGCGGCAUGGGGCGGAGCAUCAAUAUUACGAAUUCUGCGUGCGGAUGAACAAGGAAUACCGGAAGAUGCGCGCGAUGGUGCGGCGCGCGCAAACGCGGCAGGCCAUCCACGACCAAAUCGAGCAGCUUCGCGAGAUGGAGACGAUGCGGGAGUAUUUGGCGACGCGGGUCGAGCGAAAGCCCGAGUUCCACCUGUUUAAUGGCUCGUUGGUGGCGUCUUUUCUCGCGACGUACGGGUAUUUGGAUCGGGUGUUGCCGUCGCCCUCGCGGUACGUCCCGCAAGACUUCGCGCACGACCUGCCGUUUACCGGCUCGACCUCGCUGGGGGAGCCGGUCGUUUUUUUUAAAACGUGA